CCAGAGAGACUAAUUUGUCUGAAGCAUCAUGUGUUGAAAGAACAGAAGGCUACUACCUUUGCACUCGCUAGAAACAGAGUGAUGAUGUUUUCAAUUCCUUGAGUUCCAGGAACCCAGGAGAGUGAACUGAAACUCUGAAAAUGCGGCCAUGGACUGGUUCCUGGCGUUGGAUUAUGCUCAUUCUUUUUGCCUGGGGGACCUUGCUAUUUUAUAUAGGUGGUCACUUGGUACGAGAUAAUGACCACCCUGAUCAUUCUAGCCGAGAGCUGUCCAAGAUUUUGGCAAAGCUUGAACGCUUAAAACAGCAGAAUGAAGACUUGAGACGAAUGGCUGAAUCUCUCCGAAUACCAGAAGGCCCCAUUGAUCAGGGGCCAGCUUCAGGAAGGGUUCGUGCUUUAGAAGAGCAGCUUGUGAAGGCCAAAGAACAGAUUGAAAAUUAUAAGAAACAAACUAGAAAUGGUCUUGGGAAGGAUCAUGAAAUCCUAAGGAGGAGGAUUGAAAAUGGAGCUAAAGAGCUCUGGUUUUUUCUACAAAGUGAGUUGAAGAAAUUAAAGAAUUUUGAAGGAAAUGAACUCCAAAGACAUGCAGAUGAAUUUCUGUCAGAUUUGGGACAUCAUGAAAGGUCUAUAAUGACGGAUUUAUACUACCUCAGUCAAACAGAUGGAGCAGGUGAUUGGCGGGAAAAAGAGGCCAAAGACCUGACAGAGCUGGUCCAGCGGAGAAUAACGUAUCUUCAGAAUCCCAAGGACUGCAGCAAAGCCAAGAAACUAGUGUGUAAUAUCAACAAAGGCUGUGGCUAUGGCUGUCAGCUCCAUCAUGUGGUCUACUGCUUCAUGAUUGCAUAUGGCACCCAGCGAACACUCAUCUUGGAAUCUCACAAUUGGCGCUAUGCUACUGGUGGAUGGGAAACUGUGUUUAGACCUGUAAGUGAGACCUGCACAGACAGAUCUGGCAUCUCCACUGGACACUGGUCAGGUGAAGUAAAGGACAAAAAUGUUCAGGUGGUUGAGCUCCCCAUUGUAGACAGUCUUCAUCCUCGUCCUCCAUAUUUACCCCUGGCUGUACCAGAAGACCUUGCAGAUCGACUUGUACGAGUCCAUGGUGAUCCUGCAGUGUGGUGGGUGUCCCAGUUUGUCAAAUACUUGAUCCGCCCACAACCUUGGCUGGAAAAAGAAAUAGAAGAGGCCACCAAGAAGCUAGGCUUCAAACAUCCAGUUAUUGGAGUCCAUGUCAGACGCACAGACAAAGUGGGAACAGAAGCAGCCUUCCACCCCAUUGAGGAAUACAUGGUACAUGUUGAAGAACAUUUUCAGCUUCUUUCUCGCAGAAUGCAAGUGGAUAAAAAAAGAGUAUAUUUGGCCACAGAUGACCCUUCUUUAUUAAAGGAGGCAAAAACAAAGUAUCCCAGUUAUGAAUUUAUUAGUGAUAACUCUAUCUCUUGGUCAGCUGGACUACAUAAUCGAUACACAGAAAAUUCACUUCGAGGUGUGAUCCUGGAUAUACACUUUCUCUCCCAGGCAGACUUCCUAGUGUGUACUUUUUCAUCCCAGGUCUGCCGAGUUGCUUAUGAAAUCAUGCAAACACUGCAUCCCGAUGCCUCUGCAAACUUCCAUUCUUUGGAUGACAUCUACUAUUUUGGAGGUCAAAAUGCCCACAACCAGAUUGCCAUUUAUCCUCACCAACCUCGAACUGCAGAUGAAAUCCCCAUGGAACCUGGAGAUAUCAUUGGUGUGGCUGGAAAUCAUUGGGAUGGCUAUUCUAAAGGUGUCAACAGAAAACUGGGAAGGACGGGCCUAUAUCCCUCCUACAAAGUUCGAGAGAAGAUAGAAACAGUCAAGUACCCCACAUAUCCUGAGGCUGAGAAAUAAAGCUUAGAUGGAUGAGAACGACAACCAAACUCAGUUCAAACCAUUUGAGCCAAACAGUAGAUGACGAAGGCCCCAACCUAACAACUCAUGGUUAAAUGAGUCAACACCCUCAUCGCCAGGAGCAGCUGGGAUCUGACAGAUGCUUCAUUGGUGGAAUUCCUCUUUAACAAGGGCUACCGUGCCCUCAAAACCAUGCACAGUCCGAUAAUGUACUCACGUAUAACAUACAAACAGGUUGUUUUCUACUUCACCCGUUCUUUCAAGAUUAUGUCCCCAUGAAACAAACACUGCCACAUUGUGUAAUUUAAGUGACACAGACAUUUUGUGUGAGACUUCAAACAUGGUGCCUAUAUCUGAGAGACCUAUGUGACCUAAUGAGAUGACUCAAAUAGCUCCCUCCUGUGGGGAGCUUGAUUCUUAGCCAGUGGUGGUAUUGUAACCACUGAAUUCACUCCAAUCAACAGAUUCAGAAUGAGAAUGGAUGUUUUUGUCUGGAAUUUUUUUUUUGAGUAAUUGUACCAGUUCAUCCACCUCAUCAUUAAUAAGUGAAGGAUACAACAGAAAAUAAAAUAUUCAUACUCCAUUAGGAACUUUUGUAAAACAAUACCAUGAACAGAUUCUUUAGUACUCAAUGUUUCCGGACAUUCUCUUUGAUAACAAAAAAUAAAUUUUAAAAAG